UUAAGCCCACGUUAUCUUGUGUUACAUUUAAAGCCAUCGAUAGGGAGAAAGUAUUGUAUUGUUAGAUAUAGCUAACUUAGACAAUUGUUAUAUCCUGAUGAUUUGUGUCAUCUUGUUUCCAGACUCGUAUACAAAAUACCUAAAUAGGGCUGCUAACAGUCAUGUUUAUAUUUAUUAAUACUUAUGUGUUAUCAGAGCGUAUGACGGCAUCUCCAGGUGGCAUUUUAAGUCUGUCCAAAACCAAAACAUUUUCAUUUUACAAUUAUGUAGAGUAGAGAAAAGCAGAAAAAAAAAUCAUCACAGUAAAAGAGCAGACAUGGCCUCGGCUCCAGCACAGCAGCCUACCCUCACUGUUGAGCAGACCAGAGUGGUACUGAGUGAGGUGAUCCAGGCCUUCUCAGCACCAGAAAACACUGCAAGAAUGGAGGAGGCCCGAGAAAGUGCCUGCAACGACAUGGGCAAGAUGUUGCAGCUUGUGCUCCCUGUGGCCACCCAGAUUCAGCAAGAGGUUAUCAAAGCUUAUGGCUUCAACAAUGAGGGAGAGGGUGUCCUAAAAUUUGCCAGAUUGGUGAAGAUGUAUGAAACCCAGGACCCUGAAAUUGCAGCCAUGUCAGUUAAACUGAAGUCACUCCUCCUGCCACCACUGUCAACACCACCUAUAGGAGGGGCCAUUCCCGCUUCAUAGGACUUCUUUAC